AUGUCCAAACCAAAAUUCCUCAUCGUCCUAACCUCCCAGGACAUGAUCCCAACCAAUCGCGCAAUAACUGGCUGGUACUUGUCCGAACUAGCUCACCCCUACACGAUCCUCUCCCCCCACCUAAACUUAACAAUAUCCUCCCCCCAAGGGGGCGAAGCACCCCUAGAUCCCUCCUCUGCCAGCGCACAAAUCCUAGAGAACGAUCCCGUGGCGCGAGAGUUUCUAGAGCAGAAUCGUGGUCUUUGGACGAGAACGACUCCGUUACGGGAGGUCGUACGUAGCGUUACGGAGGGGGAGUUUGUGGGUGUAUUGUACGUGGGGGGCCAUGGGCCGAUGUAUGAUUUGCCUACGCACCCGUCUAAUCUUGCUAUACUGCAAUCACUCGCCUCUACAUCCAGUCCCGAUCCAAAGGUUAUCGCGGCGGUAUGCCACGGCACCGCUGCGCUGCUUAAUGCUACCGCGCCCUCUGGUCUUCCCCUGUUAUCUGGCAGUACGGUAACCGGCUUCUCGAAUGAAGAGGAGGAAAUCAUAGGCAUGCAUGAUGUGUUGCCGUUUGAGUUGCAGACGGAGCUUGAGCGGGUGACAGCUGCUGGUGGACGUAAGGGAGGGUAUUUGAAGGCUGAAAAGGCAUGGGGGAAGAAGGUGGUUGUGUCAAGGAGUGUGGAUACGGGGGCUGGGAUGGGAGGAGCGUUUGUGGUUACGGGACAGAAUCCGGCGAGUGCGGCGGGGGUUGCGAGGGAGGUUCUUGGGGUUCUGAGAUUGGAGUGA